UAAUUGGGAGAGCAGGCACCACGCAGGCUUUUGCCUGGAGUUCUCAGGAGGGGAGGGCUGGGAGAGGAUUUGCUGCUGUGGAGGUUUACUUGAAAGCUCCAAGGGUUGAACAAGAGCGACAGAAACGAAAGGAAAAAAAAAUCCGUAUAAGCCAAUGGUUUUCUGGAAGAAAAUAGCCCCAUUGCCUUGAGUUUGUAGGUUGCCACUACCACUCUGGGAAAAUGGCGGAUGACGAAGAAUAUGAGGAGGUGGUGGAGUACUACACGGAGGAGACAAUUUACGAAGAGGUGCCAGGAGAGACAAUAACAGAAGUCUAUGAAACUACGACAACAAGGACAAUAUCUGACUAUGACCAAACAGAAACUUCCAAACCAGCACUGGUUCAGCCAGAACCCACAAAGCCGGUGCAGAGGAAGAAGGUCAUCCGGAAGAAGGUGGAUUCUUCCAAGUUCAUGACCCCCUACAUUGAGCAUAGUCAGAAAAUGCAGGAUCUUUUUAGUUCAAAUAAAUACAAGGAGAAAUUUGAGAAAGCCAAAGGACAGCCAUAUGCCAGCACAACUGAUACUCCAGAACUUCGCAGAAUCAAGAAAGUACAGGAUCAGCUCAGUGAGGUGAAGUAUCGAAUAGAUGGUGAUGUUGCUAAAACUAUCUGUCAUGUAGAUGAAAAAGCAAAAGAUAUUGAACAUGCAAAGAAAGUGUCGCAGCAAGUCAGUAAGGUUUUAUACAAGCAGAACUGGGAAGACACCAAGGAUAAGUACCUGCUUCCCCCUGAUGCUCCCGAACUUGUCCAGGCUAUUAAGAACACAGCCAUGUUCAGCAAGAAACUCUACACUGAAGACUGGGAGGCAGACAAAGGUUUGUUUUACCCCUAUCACGACAGCCCGGAACUGAGGAGGGUCGCCCAGGCCCAGAAAGCUCUCAGUGAUGUAAGUCAGGUGCACUUGGCACCAUUGGCAUGUGGAGUCAGGGAAACUUGGGUCACAUCUUCUGAUCAGAUGUUUUUUGCAACUUUUCUUUCAAAAAGACUACAAGCCAUUAUUACAGAGGGCUACAUCCAGAAUCAUAAUUUAUGACAUCUGAUUUAACUU